AUUUCCUCUGAUGGAUCGUACUCAAAUUUUGCCUAGUUUUUCAUAGGAGAUCCUUUAGCUGCUGGUGAAUCCAAUUCUUGCGUCUUCCCGGCAGUUGGUAGCAGAUUAGUUCGCUCUCUGGUGGCUCUUCUUCAGCCCGCGCAAGAUCGAUUGAACGCAGUUUUGAAUUUAGGUUAUAGUUGCUUUUCUCGUAGUAAUUUAAGUGGUUGGUAAUAUUAUGUUUUUUUUAAAUCCUGAAACUGCUAAGAAAUUUGGAUCAUAGUGGGCUUGGUCAGGGAUUCCACUGUCUACUGCCUGCCAGUGGCUAAUGUAUCUUUUACAGUUUAUCAUGCUUGCAUAUCCAAGUCUGUCCUUGCCUUGCGAUCCUGAUUUACACUGAUGGUUUCACACUCAGUUAUAGACUACUUUGUGUCGACUUCGGACAGGAUAUCUGUUCUUCCAUGAGAAUACACACUAGUUCUUAAUACAAUAGCAGUCAGGCUACACGACCUUGUACUUAUGUAUGUAACUGCCCAGCAUUCUUUAGUCUUUACAACCUUUCACACCUCUUUGGUGAUGUGAUACUUGCUUAUUGUUCUUCUGCUGGAGGUUGGAAUGUUGAAAUGUAAGCAAGAAGAUUGUUCCAAAGGAGAACUUAGUGAAACACACAGGGGUUGGAUGGAUCCUUUUGAAGUGCAAUUUGGUGACUCAAAUGAUUCUGAUCAAGGUGUUUGGAGUGAACUCAGCAAAUGAGUUGUUGUAAACUUGUCUCAGAGUGUUUUCUCCAUCGCUUCAUUCAAGGGAGAUGUGAUGGUAUGUGCAUGCUCAGGCAUAGUUAUACGAUGUGAACCACUCAUCACAACAUUGUUGACUUCAGCAAGCUUGUUGAGAUCUUCUCAUGAUGAAAGCAGGAUUGAAGAUGACUUGACGAUUAGAGUGCGCUACAAAUACCAGCAGUAUAUCAAUGGGCAGCUGGGAGGCUAUGAUUUGGAUUACAAUCUUCUUCUUGUCAACAUCAAGACCCCUCCUCUUCCUGUGGCACGCCUGGACCAUCAAGUGCAACUUGAGUCAUGUAGCAAGGUACUGGCGGUGGGUCGUAUUUUCAACUCCAGAAAAUUAAUGGCCACAAGUGGGUUAGUGAAGGACACAAUAAGCAUAUUUGAUCAGGAAGAGAUCGCAAUCUCCACGUGUAAAAUCAGUAAGGCUGGGAUUGGAGGGCCCCUUCUUGAUGUCGAUGGGUACUUUCAUGGCAUGAACUUUUAUGGUGUGGAAGAAACGCCAUUCCUUCCAAGGAGUAUAAUUCUCAAAUGCUUGAGGAGUUUUGGGAUGUUUCGGGAUGAAAACAAAGGAGGUGCUGGCUACACAAGCAGCAAAACGAGAAGCACCAACAGUAAUCUAGAUGCUUCCCCAUCUUGUGGCUUUUUUGCAAAAGAAUUCAUUGAUCAGAUGCAUGAUCGUCUACUAUCCCUUGCCAACUACUAUCUGUGCUGGCAUGCACUUGAUCCAUUCUUUUGAUGAGAAAUUCAGCAAAUUGGAUGGUUCUAGUGGAGAUUUCCUGAAUGUCAGUGGAGAACUUGCUGCAAAUUUGUCUCAGAAUGUUGUCUCACUUGCUUCAUUCAAAGGGAAAACAAGUUGGUUUGCAUGCUCCGGCAUACUUGUAGAAUAUAAUCUGCAUACAAGUGUGCUGACAUCAGCAAGUUUGGUCAGGUCUUCUGAUGAUGAAGACACCAUUGUUGAUAACUUGCAGAUUGAAGUGCGGCUUCCAAAUGGACAAUGUGUGAAAGGGACUCAGUACUGUAAUUUACGAUUUAAGAUUGCUGUUAUCAACAACAUAGUCUUCCCUGAUCUUCGUGCAACAAAUCUCUAUCAUCCAAUGGAAAUUAAGACUGGUAGUGAGGUGGUAGCUGUAGGGCGUCUUUUCAGUACUGGCAGAUUGACAUCCACACGUGGAAUAGUUACCAACAAGAAAAGCAAUCUUGAUUGCGACAAACUUAUGGUCUCCACUUGUAAAAUUACCAAGGCUGGGAUUGGAGGGCCCCUUGUUGAUUUCAGUGGUAACUUCAUCGGCAUGAACUUUUAUGACAACGAAGAAACUCCAUUCCUGCCUAGAAAUGAUAUUCUUGAAUGCCUCAGGCAAUUUGAGACGAGAGGGAUCAUGGCUGCUGAUAAGACUGUCAAGAGUAGUCCAAGCAGAUGGCCAGUGCCCAAACCCUAUUGGUCUUACCCAAUAGUUGAGGAGCCUGCGGACCCAUUGGCUGAACUGUCUCUGCUUCCUAUGGACUUGGAUAGUUCGAGUCUGCAAUGCUAUAGCUGAUAACAAUUGCUAUGCCCUUCAGUACUUGUGCCAAUCUGUCUAUAUGUUCUCUCCCUGGUCUAGCAAGUGUUGACCUUAUUUGAGUUUGUCUAACUUUAGGCACAUUUCCUUAGCACAUCUAACCCUGCUAAUGGUUUGGAAUCCAAACCAAAACUAAACCAAACUAUUUUAUUAUUAGCACACUUUAAAAAUCAAA